AGGCCCCGGCCCGGCUCCAUAAGGCCGCGGGGCCGCCGGCCGGACCCAGCGCCCCACGGGAGGGGCGAUGUGGCCAGGGGGUGUCAUGGCCCGGGCCUGGAGCUGCCUCUGUCGCCUCCUCGUCUUCCUCAUCUUCAUCAUCUUCAUCCUGCCGCCGCCGGCCGCGCCCGGGCAGCCCGCGGGUUUCCAGGAGAUUUCCCUGCUCACUUCCUACGAAGUUGUAACUCCACAGAGACUGGGGAGAGAACGACGAGAGGCUUCCAACAGCUCUUCCAUACAGGACAAGGUGUCAUAUGCCAUUGAGAUUGAGGGAAAAGAAUACACCAUUCAUCUAGAAAAGAACAAAGAACUGCUGCCCAAAGAUUUCACAGUUUAUACCUAUGACAAGGAGGGGAAGUUGCAAUUGGAACAUCCAGAUGUCCAGGAUCACUGCCACUAUCAGGGCUUCGUGGAGGGGACCCUGGAUUCCCUGGUGGCUGUCAGCACCUGCUCAGGGCUCAGGGGUUUGGUGACAAUAGGCAAUGUCACCUAUGGGAUUGAGCCCAUGGAUCCCUCCUCUGGCUCUAAACACAUUUUAUAUCGACUGGAGAAUGUGAAGAAAGAGCCCACAGAGUGUGGAGUAACCACUGCAGGCCAGGAAGGGGAACAGGCGGAGGGAGAGCUCCAUCCCAGCAUGACCCAGCUGCUGCGGAGGAAGAGGGCAGUCCUGCACCAGACAAGAUAUGUGGAGCUGUUCAUAGUUGUGGAUAAAGAAAAGUUUGAAGAUUUUGGGAAGAGUGAAACAGAAGUAAGAGAACACAUGGUGCAGCUGGCAAACUUCCUUGACAGUAUGUACGUUAUGCUGAACAUCCGCAUCGUGCUGGUUGGGCUGGAGAUCUGGAAGCACGAGAACAUCAUCAGCACUGAUGGAGGGGCUGGGGAUGUGCUGGCCAAUUUCGUGCAGUGGCGAGAGAAGAAUCUCGUUCUGCGGCGGAGACACGACAGCGCCCAGUUUGUCCUGAAGAAGGGUUUUGGUGGCACAGCUGGAAUGGCCUAUGUGGGAACAGUGUGCUCCAAGAGCCAUGCAGGAGGAAUUAAUGUGUUUGGAAGGAUCAGUAUCCAGAUGUUUGCCUCCAUCAUGGCUCACGAGCUCGGCCACAACCUGGGGAUGAACCACGACGAUGAACGCGUCUGUCACUGUGGGGCAAGCAGCUGCAUCAUGAGCUCCGGAGCAUCGGGAUCCAGGAACUUCAGCAGCUGCAGUGCAGAAGAUUUUGAGAAGCUGACACUCAACAAAGGUGGGAGCUGCCUGCUCAAUGUCCCAAAGCCUGAUGAGACCUACAGUGUCCCUUACUGUGGGAACAAGCUGGUGGAUGCUGGGGAGGAGUGUGACUGUGGCUCUCCAAAGGAAUGUGAGAACGAUCCAUGCUGUGAGCCAGGAACCUGCAGGCUCCGAUCUGGUGCUGAAUGUGCUUAUGGGGACUGCUGCAAAAACUGCCAGCUGCUCCCUGGAGGCACUGAGUGUCGUGCCAGCACCAACGAGUGUGACCUCCCUGAGUACUGCAAUGGCACCUCCCAGUUCUGCCAGGCAGAUUUCACCGUGCAGAACGGGCACCCCUGCCACAACCAGGAGGCUUACUGCUACAACGGCGUGUGCCAGUACUACGAUGCCCAGUGCCAGGACAUCUUUGGCUCCAAAGCCAAAGCAGCCCCCAACAUUUGCUUUGCUGAAGUGAAUUCCAAGGGGGACAGGUUUGGCAACUGUGGUUUCCAUGGCCAUGACUACAAGAAAUGUUCCAGCUGGAAUGCCAUGUGUGGGAAGCUGCAGUGUGAAAAUGUGAAAGCCAUGCCUGUGUUUGGAAUCAAGCCUGCUAUUAUCCAAACUCCCAUCAGAGGCACCCAUCAGACGUGCUGGGGAGUGGAUUUCCAGCUGGGCUCUGAUGUCCCAGACCCAGGAAUGGUGAAUGAAGGCACCAAGUGUGGUAAUGGAAAGAUCUGCAGGCACUUCCAGUGUGUGAGCGCCUCUGUCCUGAACUACGACUGUGAUGUGGAGAAGCAGUGCCACGGCCAUGGGGUGUGCAACAACAACAGGAACUGCCACUGUGAAGCGGGCUGGGCUCCCCCUUUCUGUGACUCCAAAGGCUACGGGGGCAGUGUGGACAGUGGCCCUCCCUACAAUGACAAAGACACCUCGCUGCGCAAUGGGCUGCUGGUGUUCUUCUUCCUGGUGCUGCCCCUGCUCGUGGCUGCUGCUCUGGCCUUUGCCAAGAGGGACAGGCUGAAGAGGAGCUGCAGGAGGCUGAUGUCCCGCUGCCACUCGUCACUUCAGUCACCUCCUCCUCGGCCAGACACUGAGCCCAGGGAUUACCAGCCAAGAGGCUUCUCCCGUGGCAUGCCUUAUCCUCCAAGAGCUGUGCCCAUGGAUAUGCAUCCCAACACCUUUCCUGUGCCAGCUUACCCAGUUAACCAGCACCCCCAGCAGGCUUUCCACCAGCCCUACUACUCCCCACCGCAGUACCCAGUGCAGCAGCCACCGAGGGUGCCCAGCAGGCCCCCACCCCCUCAGCAGAAGCUUGUACCUCAGGGACCGCCUCCAGCCCAGCAGAAAUGUUUACCUCAGGGACAGUACUUCCCCUCCCGACCGGCACCUCUGCCUCCCAAGUAGCUUUCCCGAGCUGCUGGCUGCGACAGCUGAAAUUGCAGUUCCCCUCCUGGCAUCCCAUGGCAGUGCAGUGCCGGCAGCCUCCCUCUGCAGCCUGGGACAGGGCAAAUGAGAGAUCCCGAGCAGGAAUGUAGAACUUCACACUCAAUAAAUACCUCGACCAAAGCUGCAGGGACUGAAACACCCAGCCUGUCCCUCGCUCUGUCCAAGCUUUGCCGCUGCAGCCAGGCUGGCAGCUGGGAAAUAGUCCUGAAAUCCAGCACGUGGCUUUGGGUUUCCCCAUUUCUGCCACGAGCCCUGGUAAGGAAAUUGUCUGAUUUGGUGUUGUCUCUCUGAUUGUGCAGUGAGGAAUUGGAGUAACCCGUUUGUAAAGCAAGGAGAUCUGUCAGUUAAUUUACAGUUACUCUGCAUGGACUGGAAAGUGUUUCCCAUGUACACCAUAAAUGGAAUGAGGUCUCAGAGGACUUUUUCAGGAAGAGAGAUAUAUUUUAAACAUGUUUAUGCAUGUAUAUAUGUUUAUAGAUGCAUAAUAAUGCACUUAAAUUCUUAACUCCAUGCUGACUGACCCUAAGCUGUGCUGUAGGAGCACUGAGUUUAAUGCUUUUUAAUUAGAGAGUGGCUAAACGAGACUCCUGUACUAAUUCCCACUAAUUCAUGGAUGGGCAGUGAAGAUAAAGGUACGAGAAGACACGGCCAUAUUCUGGUUUUAAAAAUGGGCUGCUGCUAGGUUUUAAUUGAGGUCUAAAGACAGCAGCAGUCCCUGCAGAACACUGGGAGGUGGGAAGUGUCUCUGCCUGGACCACCAGAGCUUCUCUGAGCACUUUAAAUGGGAGCCUGGUGGCUGAUGCACCCUGAAUUUAACAGCCAAGCCCUUGUGGUGUCAGUCAGGGCUGCUGUGUGUCAGACUGGGCUGCCCCGUGCUCCUGCACCAUGGGCUGGACUGGAUUUUGGAACUCCUCCUGAGCAGAGGU